AUGAGGAAGAUGCGGACUCUCUUUGGCUUUGUGCAUUGCUGCUGCUGCUGCUUCUUGCUCCUGCUGCCUCCUCCACUCUGGGUCAGCCUGGCCGCGGCCAAGCAGCUGCUGAGGUACCGGCUGGCCGAGGAAGGACCUGCCGACAUCCGCAUAGGCAACGUGGCUUCGGACCUGGGCAUCGUAACGGGCUCUGGAGAGGUGACAUUCAGCCUGGAGUCGGGCUCCGACUACCUGAAGAUCGAUAACAUGACCGGGGAGCUGAGCACCACUGAGCGGCGCAUAGACCGCGAGAAGCUGCCGCAGUGCCAGAUGAUCUUCGAUGAGAACGAGUGCUUCCUGGACUUCGAGGUCUCGGUAAUCGGCCCUUCGCAGAGCUGGGUGGACCUCUUCGAGGGCCGGGUCAUCAUCCUGGACAUCAACGACAACACCCCCACCUUCCCCUCGCCUGUCCUCACCCUUACCGUGGAGGAGAACCGGCCCGUAGGGACCCUCUAUCUGCUCCCCACUGCCACCGACAGAGACUUCGGUCGCAACGGCAUCGAGCGCUACGAGCUGCUGCAGGAGCCCGGCGGCGACGGGGGCAGACGCGGAGGAGGGGGGUCGGCUUCUCCAGCUGAGAGCCCCCUCUACACCAGUGGCAGUAAGAGGAGGCAGGAGCCGGACGGGGCGGCCCGCAGCAGCGUGUUCGAGCUGCAGGUGGCCGACACCCCUGACGGGGAGAAGCAACCGCAGCUGAUUGUCAAGGGGGCGCUGGACCGAGAGCAGAGGGACUCCUAUGAACUGAGCCUGAGGGUGCGGGACGGCGGCGACCCGGCCCGCUCCUCCCAGGCCAUCCUGAGGGUGCUGAUCACCGACGUGAACGACAACAGCCCCCGCUUUGAGAAGAGCGUCUACGAGGCGGACCUGGCGGAGAACAGCAGCCCCGGGACCCCCAUCCUGCAGCUGCGGGCCACCGACCUGGACGUGGGGGUGAACGGGCAGAUCGAGUAUGUCUUCGGGGCCGCCACCGAGUCGGUGCGGCGCCUGCUGCGGCUGGACGAGACCUCGGGCUGGCUCAGCGUCUUGCACCGCAUCGACCGGGAGGAGGUGAACCAGCUCCGCUUCACCGUCAUGGCCCGAGACCGGGGCCAGCCGCCCAAGACCGACAAGGCCACGGUGGUGCUGAACAUCCGCGACGAGAAUGACAACGUGCCCACCAUCGACAUCCGUAAGAUCGGCCGCAUCCCGCUGCGGGACGGGGUGGCCAGCGUGGCCGAGGACGUGCUGGUGGACACCCCCAUCGCCCUGGUGCAGGUGUCCGACCGCGACCAGGGCGAGAACGGGGUGGUGACCUGCACGGUGGUAGGGGACGUGCCCUUCCAGCUCAAGCCGGCCAGCGAGGGCGAGGGGGAGCCUCAGAACAAGCGCAAGUACUUCCUGCACACCUCGGCCCCGCUCGACUACGAGGCCAUCCGUGACUACAAUGUGGUGAUCGUGGCCGUGGACUCGGGCAGCCCCAGCCUGUCCAGCAACAACUCGCUGCUGGUGCGGGUGGCGGACACCAACGACAACCCGCCGGUGUUCGGCCAGGCCGUGUUGGAGGUCUCCUUCCCGGAGAACAACUCGCCUGGGGAGAGGGUGGCCACGGUGGGGGCCACGGACGCGGACAGCGGCAAGAACGCCGAGAUCUUCUACUCGCUGGAGCCCUCGCCCCUCUCCUCGGAGGCGCCCGGCGGCAUCUUCAGCAUCGACCCGGACUCCGGGGACGUGUUGGUGCAGGCGGUGCUGGACCGCGAGCAGCGCGACACCUACGAGUUCCAAGUGACGGCCCGGGAUAAGGGGGUGCCGGCCCUGCAGGGCUCCACCACUGUGGUGGUGCGGGUGACCGACCGCAACGACAACGAGCCGCGCUUCAUGCAGGACGUGUUCACCUUCUACGUGAAGGAGAACCUGCAGCCCAACAGCCCAGUGGGCAUGGUGACAGUGAUGGACGCCGACCGGGGCCGCAACGCCGAGCUCAGCCUCUCCAUCCAGCCCGGGGAGCAGGACCAGGCCGCCGGGAUCUUCUCCAUCGAGAACGACACCGGCACCAUCUACUCCACCGUCUCCUUCGACAGGGAGCAGCAGACCAGCUACACCUUCAAGGUCAAGGCGGUGGACGGAGGGGAGCCGCCCCGCUCGGCCACCGCCACCGUCUCCCUCUUCGUGAUGGACGAGAACGACAACCCGCCCGCCGUCACUUUCCCCAGCAACAGCUCCUACACCGUGCUGCCCCCGUCCAGCAACCUGCGCACUGUGGUGGCCACCGUGCUGGCCACCGACGCGGACACAGGCCUCAACGCCGACCUCAACUUCAGCAUCAUCGGGGGCAACCCCUUCAAGCUCUUCGAGAUCGACCCGGCCAGCGGCGUGGUGUCGCUGGUGGGCAAGCUGGCCCCCAAGCACUAUGGCCUGCACCGCCUGGUGGUGCAGGUGAACGACAGCGGCCAGCCGCCCCAGUCCACCACCGCCUUGCUCCACGUCUUCGUCAACGAGAGCCUUUCCAACGCCACCGCGGUGGAGAGCCAGGUGGCCCGCAGCCUGCACACGCCCCUGGCCCAGGACAUCGCCGGCGACCCCAGCUACGAGCUGAGCAAGCAGAGGCUCAGCAUCGUCAUCGGGGUGGUGGCCGGCAUCAUGACGGUGAUCCUGCUCAUCCUGGUGGUGGUCAUGGCCCGGUACUGCCGCUCCAAGGGAAAGCACGGCUACGAGGCGGGCAAGAAAGACCAUGAGGACUUCUUCACCCCGCAGCAGCACGACAAGGCCAAGAAGCCCAAGAAGGACAAGAAAGGCAAGAAGGGCAAGCAGCCCCUCUACAGCAGCAUCGUCACCGUGGAGGCCUCCAAGCCCAACGGGCAGCGCUACGACAGCGUCAACGAAAAGCUCUCCGACAGCCCCAGCAUGGGCCGGUACCGCUCGGUCAACGGCGGCCCGGGCAGCCCGGACCUGGCCAGGCAUUACAAAUCCAGCUCGCCGCUGCCCACUGUCCAGCUUCACCCGCAGUCCCCCACCGCUGGGAAAAAGCACCAGGCCGUUCAGGAACUGCCCCCGGCCAAUACUUUUGUGGGGGCAGGAGACAACAUCUCCAUUGGAUCGGACCACUGCUCCGAGUACAGCUGUCAGGCCAGCAGCAAGUACAGCAAGCAGCCAUUUCGUAGAGUGACGUUUUCUGUUGUGAGUCAGCCUCAGGACCCCCAUCAAGGGUCAUUGCAGAGUUGCUAUGACAGCGGUCUGGAGGAGUCAGAAACACCAAGCAGUAAGAGUUCAUCAGGGCCAAGACUGGGUGCCCUUCCACUCCCAGAGGACAACUACGAAAGGACUACGCCGGAUGGCAGUGUUGGUGAGGCAGAGCAUAUGGAAAAUGACUCGAGGCCUCUACCAGAUGUAGCCCUGACGGGGAAAUGUACUCGAGAGUGUGAUGAAUAUGGUCACUCGGACUCCUGCUGGAUGCCAGUUCGCACUUCGCCUGAAAGGAAGCAGAAGAGCCAGCCAAAACUCUCCACCUUCAUGCCCGUUGAUGAACGGGGCAGUCAGGAAAAACUGGCCAAUGGAGAAGCCUCCCUCAUGGGUGAUCGCAACAGAAACCUCCUGAACAAAAAGUUGACCUCAUCCUAUGAGACCUUCAACGUAGCUAGCUUCAGCAAAAAUGAGGAAGCCAAUCCAGAGGAUAUCCCCCUUACACAGACAGGGGAAUACAAGCCAUCUCCUGUCAAUACUCUAACUAGAAGAGAAGUUUACCUGUAGAUUAUAAAGAAGCCACAACAAGGUUCAUUCAUGUAUAAGAAGGAAAAGGGGAAAAAAAUCUUUAAAAUCAAAACAGUUUAGCACGAAAAAAAGGGGAAAUAAAAGAGGGGGCCACCAAAGAGACAAAAGCUUUGCCUGCCACUUCUGCCUCCGUAUCAGGCAUUUAAUUAUAUAGUCUGCCUGACUAUACUGUACAAUGUAGAAACCAUUGUUGUUACUUGCAUGUCUAAUCCUCCUCACUGAUUUUUAUUUUCUUAAAUUUAUGGUUGCAAAUUGCUUUCAUGGUAACCAGCCUGAUUAAAAGAACACAACACACUGUUGUUACCCCUCUGCUGAAGCAUGAUUUAAGCCACUCUGAUUUUGUUUGAUUGUCAUCUGGCUUGUUAAGGAUAACAGGUCAGGGAAAAUAUACUCCAAGCAUAUCAUCUGAAUAUUGCUGAUCCCCAACAGGGAUGAUCCUUUAGAAACCAUACAACUAUAGAGGUAAAUAUAAAGGGAUGACCAUUAAUAGGCACUUUGUGAAGAUCACAGCUUUAAUAUUCUCACCUGAGGCUUGAAGCAAGAGAAUUAUACUAAGCCUGAGACUGCAGUCCAAAAGGUGACAUAUUUCCCUAUGAAUCAUGAACUCUGGGUUCUGUUUUAUCCAUAGAAUGAACUCUCUAUUGGCUUACUUCCGCGUAACAAAAUUAAUGUCAUAUGUACCAUAGCAUACUAAUGAUAAACUGUUAACUCAUGUUAUUUUGGACAAAACGUAUAUCUAGUUGGGAUGAUCUUAGUAACUAAAAAGGCCAAAGAUCGCACUAUGGAUCAGGGGAAUUGCUAAGUAGUUGAUCUUGGCUUAGAAAUCUAGUGUACCCACAAACCAUAUGCAUGCACACAUAAAUACACAUUCAGUUACACUUUGCACAGCAGCAUAGUCCACAAGCCCAGAUGACCUACUGCUACUUCAAUGGAUUUUAGUAGAUUGCUCAAAGGAACUGCUAAGAUGUUUGCAGAUAAUGUUAUAACAACAUACAGCAUCUGCUGUAUGAUAUGAUACUGCCAGUUCCAGGGAAUAUUUUCCAAAAGGCUACCUUUAAUAAAAAUAAAUAAAUUAAUUAAUUAAAAAAUCGGAGGCUGUGUUGAUGUCACCCAGAACACUUUUGGGGGAAGGUGGGUUGGUGGGGGGGCGGAAAUGGUGUGAUGCAGUGACAAGAGUAUAUUGCAAGUCACAUAACAUUUCUUCUUUUCACAGUGCAAGGUAUGCUUGCUAAAUCUUUUGUCAUCAAUGUUGCAGAUUACCAAUUGUAUUUGUCAAAGGUAUGAUGCAGGUUUUCUUGAAACACAAGUGUAUUAAAACAGUCCUGUGCAAGGUGAAACAAUGUCGAGACUCAACACAGUUAAGAAGGGUAACAAAUGGUCAGAUUGACUUGAACAUUGCUGUGAUACUUUACACGGUAAAUUGAGAGAAGUCACAGGGAAUCCAAACUAAUCGUGAUAGCAAAGAGCUAUGGCCAGUGACGAUUCUCACAGUAUGCACUUAUUAAAGGGAAUAGGAAUCAAAACAGGUUUUUGUGCAAUAAAAGCAACAAAAUGUGCAGAACUUAAGCUAGUUGCUUCGUAGCUGAUGUAGUAAUAAUUGAAUACUGAAUUCAGACAUUCAGAUGAAAAUGACAAUCAGUCAACACAGUGCGGACAGUUUGAGAAGGGUGCAAACAUUCAAAUCCCUGGGGGUUUAACCUGGCAUUAGGGCAUGGCUAUAUGGCUGUCUAGUAGACUGUAGUCACAAUGUAGCUUUGGGUAGUUUCUUCCUUUUGAAGAAUUACACAGAAAAUAUAACAUUAAGCAGCCUGAAAUAUAGGUUGAUAAAUCAGUACAACUCAUCACGACAUUUACUUUUCAAAUUUCUCUUCUCUAUAUAGAGGGGUGCCCUUUUUGGCCAUUACAUUCCCCUCUUAAAUUUAGUUUUCAUUUUGAUGCUACUUUGUGUGUAGAAGUUAUAAUGAAUGGAGACAUGUUAUGAAGAAAAAAUAUUAAAACAAAGAUUAAUAAUUGAACUUUUUUACAUUUAAUUAUUUAAAUUAUGGAGAGAUGCAAAUUAGUACUUUAUGAUGAAACUGUAAAGAGCAGUUACUACAUUGUAUAAUCUGUAAGUACCUGUUAAGGAAAAAAAAAAGAUUCUAAAGAUGCUUAUGUAAUGUAUACACAAUUUUAUUGCACGCUUCAACAGAAUACAGAAUUGCAUAACAGAUGUUCAACAAAACUUUUUUUUCUUUAAUAGGAACUUUUUAUUUUAAUACUACAGUUGAAAACCAUUAGAUUACUUGUUUAAAUAUAUCUUUAAACCCUUUGUCUAAAAAGCUAAUAAAACAGGUCAUACAACACCUUAAGAUUAAAUGGAUCAGCAGUCACUCACCUGUUUUUGCACCACAUAAGGCAGUCAUGCCAUUGUAACUUACUUGUGAGCAACCCCUUAGAACUAAAAUGGGUGUGAAAAGAAUUAAAAAAAAAUCAAUGUACUUUAAAUAUUCACAGUACUUCUAGUGGAACUACCCAUCAUAACAUGUCAAUUACUAUUAUGACCUGGCAUGACACAGAAAUAAAUUUUGUGUUUGUAGUUUUUUUCAUUUGAAAUAGGUUAAUCUGGUGCCACUCCAUAUAUAGAGUCCUUUUGUAAAAAUACACAUAAAAUGAAGUACAAAAAAAUUUAGAGCGAAUGCAAAAUAUGCAACUGUGCCUUUUAUACCUGUUGUUAUAGUAGAAAGGUGAUUGGGUUGGGCACUGAGGGGUAAUGGGCUAUUCCCAACUUUUUUGAACCUGUAUAUUGAUCCCUGUUUAUUUUCUGAUAAAUUAUAAAUAAUAUAUUUAAAAAAAUGCCUUCUGCCAAACUCCGAUAUUGGACCAGUCUUAAGUAUCUUUGAUUAUGAAAACCAGAUUGUAGCUUAGGUAUGUGCUGCUUUUUUGCUUUCCUUCCAAUCUACUGCCUGGAAGACUACAGUAUAGAUUACAACAGAUAAAUAUCAUAGUUAUUUAGCAAGGUGUCAUAAGUUCAUUUAGCCAGGAAAAUUGAUGAUUUAGUGUCUCUUAAUUGCUUUUAGCUGCCAUUCCAUUUUGGUUGUACAGUAUAAAAAAUGUCCUUUUUUUCCUUCCAUGGGAAACUCCAAUGAACUUUGCAUGUAUUUUACAUUAGGACACAUUUAUAGAUGAUGCAUAACAAUAUAACUUUAUAUAUAUUAGAGAAGUCUGUAGCUUCAGUCUAAAAUCUAAUGCUCCCUCCGAACCUCCAGAUCUACUAUAUUAUUCAAUAUGGUUUCUGAUUGGCCUGCUGCUUGAGUUUCAGAAAAAAACCAAGGUAGACUUUAUUUUUAUGUGAGGAAGAACUAAAACGGGAUCAAAGACGCUUAGCUGAAAGGCUACCCUGAGAAGUUGUGAAGCAGGAAAUGUAGAGUAAGGCCAAAUGAAUCUGCCAUAAUCUGUUGCUAAAAGGCUUUUAAGGAACUUGAACAACAAAGCAGUUUCUUAUAUUAUCUCAGUUAUAAAUAUACAGUGUUUCCUUAAGAAAUGAAAGGGAGUAGAGGACAACAGUAGAAAUUAAUGUAGUCCAGCAAUUAAACUGAGCUGCAGCCUGAAGAGCAUAACACAUGGAAGAAGGCAUCAUUUUCCAGCUACCUGGGGAACACUUUCAGACAACUUUUUCCUAAAUUUUAAAGCACUUGCAUUCAGUGUGGUAUGAUCUGUUUGUAAUAUUAAUCAUUGACUAUUGUUCUGCAACUUGGAUGUUGAUAGUGAAGCAGAGAACAAUUUAUCAUUGUUUAUUAUGAGUCACUAUGCACGCACCUAUGCUAAACAUGGCAAAAUGUAUUAAACGCUAGUCCACCUCUAUUUAUGAAAUAUUUUACAUAAUUUAAUUUGCUUUUGUACAGUUUUAUGUAAAUAAAUUGCUUGUCAUUUUUGUCUCUGCAAAUUAAAAAUAUAACAUGUUCAAAUGGU